GGUUAGUUGCAUUGUAAAUCAUAACUUAUUAUAUUUUAUAUUUGAGUUUGUUACUCAUAAUUUUAAUAAAAUGGUUUUGUGAUAGAUUUGUAGUAAUCUUUUCUUAGUCCAAGAUCUGCAGACGAUGUUAGUAUUACUUAUGUGCUUGCAUGUUACCAGCCAUUUUGUAUGGAGACUCAACACCAUUACGGAAUCAGAAUAUUCAUCAAAUGCUUUCAACCUGGUGUGUGAGAAGCUGCCGAAAUCAACUUGGGUGGAAACUAGGUUGGAACGGAUCAGCAUUGUGUCGUUAUACUGCCACCGUGAGAAAGACAAUCUCAAGAAACUAGGAACUUCACUUCAAACACUAAAAAUCGUUUUGAGGAUUGAACUUGGAAGAAAAAACUGCAACACUUUGGUCUCCUACUUGCUUUACAGAAUCACGGUGUCUUGGCGUUACUUAAAUAGGUAAAUCUUCGGAUACAUAAUUCUUACAGAUCAAGAGUGACCGACGUCAAUUUCCACUACGCUCUUGCCAUUUAUUUCAAAAUGAUACUUGGCAUAAUUAAUUUUCUUGGUGGUAUAGUAAUUAAGUCUCUACAGUUUCUGUUUUGAAGCUACCAAUCUUCUGAGCAGGAAUCCAGAGCCUUACAACUUUGAUUUGUUUCUUAACAUUCUGAAUUAUAUACAUAUAUUUUAAAUAAAUAUUUAUUAUAUUUUG